AACAGUCUGCUCCCAUAUUACAUUAUCGGUGAUGACAUCUUCCCACUUAAAACCUACUUGAUGAAGCCAUAUGCUGGUAAUGGACUCAGCAUCCAUCAGAAAGUGUUCAAUUAUCGACUGUCUCGAGCUAGAAGGGUGAUAGAAAAUGCCUUCGGGCUACUUGCUGCAAGAUGGCGCAUAUUUAGGUGGGCCAUAAAAGCAGAUCCUUCCACCAUAGACAUGAUAGUAAAGUCAACAACAUGUCUACAUAAUUAUCUUAUCAAGAAAAACAAAGAACGAUAUUGCCCACCAGGGUACACUGAUCACAGGAAUGAGAUGAACGGCACUUGGCGACAGACAAUCCAGAAUGAAGGCAGCUGUUUUAAUAACUUUGUGAGGCAGGGUUCUAAUAACUAUGACAGAACAUCGAAACAGAUGCGAGAUGACAUUGCUGAGUAUGUGAACAGUGAUGUGGGAUCACUUCCAUGGCAAUUAGACUAUGUAACAUAUUCAGGAAAGAAUAAAAAGUAAACUUAAAAAGAACUCACCAUGAUAAUUUCCAGUGGACUUUCUUGAUAUUGCUGUGUGUGGCAGCAGCCAUCUCAAAUAUUCAUAUCUCUCCUCAAUAAGAAAAUCAUUGCCUGACCCAGAAGGGUUUUUUUUGGUCAAAUGUCUGAAAUAUAAUUUUUUGUACUGUAAUCUUCAUAUGUUUUCAAACUUCAAAAUCAGAAUAUAGUUUUUUGAAUGAUCAUUGAUCUGAAUAUUUGAGCUUUAUUUCCUGCUUUACACUUUAAAAAGUUAGUUUGGUGUUUAGGAAUUUUAAGGAUGCCUACUUGUAUGCCUAUAUGUAUGUAUGUAUUUUAAGAAUGCCUACAAAAUGUUUUUUAUUACAAUCUGUUUUAUUUUGAUAUUUAUUAAAAAUUAAAGUUAAAAAACACUGUGAUUAUGACCUCAUGUUAAUAACAAUGCUACAAGUAGAAAUUCAUUUGUCAUGCAUUUACCAUCACCUACAAUAUUUGAAUUCCUCUUUAACUCAUGCCAAAUGAAAAAGUGUCAAUAAGACACACCUACAGAAAUAAAGUCAUCACAAGAAACGAAAAUAGUGCUAUAAUAGAUUUAUUGUGCAUGGUCUAGGCCUAUUGUUAAUUUUGUGAAUUAAUUUUCCUGUAAGUUUUAUAAUAAUGAAAAAAAAGUCAAAAAUGCACAUAGCAAUUUAACAUAAUACAGAACCACUAAGUCUGUAUACUUUUAUUAUGAGACUGAAUGAUGCCCAAAACUCACACAUGAACAGAAGUCAUGUCAACACACUAGGCAAUACAAUAGAAAAUGAAGUCUUAUGAGUGAAUGAAUGAAGAUAUUAAAUUCCAGCCAAGCCUUGGCCUACAGGAGAUGGGUCCUACUAGGCCAGGAAGCCUGGGUAUAGGCAUGGCCUAGUAUUUAUUAUCCCUCCACCCAGGCUAAUGAAAAAUCAACUUUCAUUGGACAACACAUUGG